UGAAAUCUGCGGCUGAGAACAAGCAAGAUUCAAUGGACAUCAUUAUAGGAAUAAAUGUAGAUCUUAUACGAAGUCUACGUAGCUUUUGAUGGUUUGCUUUGGAAGUCCCGUGAUUCAGGAGACGAUAUCUUUUUUUGGGGAUUUCUGUCUUCGAGAAUUGGGAAGAGAGAAGCCGACUUCAGAUCCUAAAACAAACAAAAAGAGUCACAGGAUCCAAUUUUUACGUGACUGAUCACACGCCCUUCCCGUCUCCAAGUAGCAGCUCGCUGCAUACUUGCCCCUGCAUUUCUCUUGAGGCUCUCCUCCUCUGCUUCUUGGGACGAACACAGUGUGUGCUUUAGUUCUUGUCGUCUAGGUUCUUACCGUCUCUGUCUGUCGUUUCGGUAGGGAAGCUGUGAGCGUACCUGCAAUGGAUGUCUGCUGUGUGGGAUCGAUGGCAAACGCGUGCUUCAGCCAGGUGAAGAGAGCAAGUGUUGGCUGCCGGGAGAGUGGGAUUUGGGGAGACGGGAUAGGAAAUGGUCCGAAAACUACAAAGGUGUGGGAUUCCAAGGUGGCAAAGAGUUUGAAGACUAGGAGCUCGUUUGGAGGGCGUAAGACUGGAGUUGCAUUCUCUGUUCUCACUUCAGAUGUCGACCAGGAGACCAUGGUUUUUCAUGCACCAAUGUUUGGUAGGCGAACCGCAGAUCCAAAGAGUGUUGCUUCCAUAAUACUGGGGGGAGGGGCUGGCACUCAGCUUGUUCCUCUCACUAGUACCAGAGCCACUCCUGCAGUUCCAAUUGGUGGAUGUUAUAGGCUGAUUGACAUUCCAAUGAGUAACUGCAUCAAUAGUGGGAUAAACAAGAUCUUCAUAAUGACACAAUUCAAUUCGGCUUCACUGAAUCGCCACAUUUCUCGAACAUAUAACUUUGGAAAUGGAAUCAAUUUUGGUGAUGGAUUUGUUGAGGUUUUAGCAGCUACACAAACACCUGGAGAAGCCGGCAUGAACUGGUUUCAGGGUACAGCAGAUGCUGUCAGGCAAUUCACUUGGGUAUUUGAGGAUAAUAAGAACAAGAACAUCGAACACAUACUGAUCUUAUCUGGUGACCAGCUUUACCGGAUGGACUAUAUGGACCUCGUGCAGAAACAUGUUGAUACCGGUGCUGACAUAACAGUAUCAUGUGUGCCUGUGGGUCACAGCCGAGCAUCUGAUUACGGAUUGGUGAAGAUUGACGAGGCAGGUCGCAUUAUCCAGUUUUUUGAGAAACCCAAGGGUGCAGACUUGGAAGCUAUGAAUGAUAAUGGAACAUUUCUCAGACUGUCACAUCAAGAUGCUAUGAAAUAUCCAUAUAUUGCAUCAAUGGGAGUCUAUGUAUUCAAACGAGAUGUUCUUUUAAAGCUUCUAAGGUGGAAUUAUCCGAAAUGUAAUGACUUUGGAUCAGAAAUCCUUCCUUCUGCUGUAGAAGAGCAUAAUGUUCAGGCAUAUGCAUUCAGUGAUUACUGGGAAGACAUUGGAACAAUUAGAUCGUUCUUUGAUGCAAAUUUGGCACUGACAGAACAGCCUCCGAAAUUUCAGUUUUAUGAUCCAAUGACACCCUUCUUUACAUCACCGCGAUUUCUACCCCCAACAAAGAUCGAAAAGUGCAGGGUUAUGGAUGCAAUCAUCUCACAUGGGUGCUUCCUGCGUGAAUGUAGCGUGGAGCGUUCUAUAGUUGGAGUGCGUUCACGUCUAGAUUUUGGUGUCGAGCUCAAGGAUACGAUGAUGAUGGGUGCUGAUAUCUAUGAAACCGAAGCGGAAAUUUCUUCUCAUCUGGCCGAUGACAAGGUCCCAAUUGGUGUAGGACAAAAAACCAAGAUCAGGAAUUGUGUCAUCGACAUGAACGCGAGAAUAGGAAAGAAUGUGGUCAUAGCAAACAAGGAUGGAGUCCAAGAAGCUGAUAGGGCAAGUGAGGGCUUCUAUGUACGAUCGGGGAUCGUGGUGAUUCUGAAGAAUGCUACCAUCAAAGAUGGAACAGUAAUAUGAUUCGAAGGAUUCAGCAAGGAAGAAGAAGAAGAAGAUGCAUGCCUUACAAAGAAUAAGCUGCAGUAGUGCAGCUUCAUCCUUGUCUGUGAAUUACGAGUUUCUAUUUGAUUUGAUAGCUUUGUAUGUGCCCAAUAAUAACUUCAUCAGCAUCCUGCUCUGUUCUGUAAAUAGACCUUUGCUUUGUAGUAUUAAUAUGAAUCUGCCCUUCAUAAUUGCUUCAUCUCA